UCUCUCUCUCUCUCUGUCUAUGUCUCUCUCUCUCUCUGUCUAUGUCUCUCUCUCUGUGUCUGUUCAAUAAAACAUUAUAGGAGCUUUAUUGGCUUGGGAAACAUGUUUACAUGGCCAAAGCAAGUGAAAAAACUAAAAUAUAAUGACAAAAACCAACAGUGAAAAAACUAAAAUACAAUGACAAAAACCAACAGUGAAAAAAACAACAACAAUCAGACAGUAACAGUAAACAUUACACACAAAAAGUUUCAAGAGAAAAAUAAAAUGAUUAGCUGUUUAAAAUGUUACUAUACUAUGUUUGCUAUACUUUAUGUAGUGUUGUGACGAUGUACAAAUAGUAGAAUGUGUGAGUGACAGGGGGAAAUACAUACUGCUGGGACACAGAUACGGAAGUUAGUCAAAAUGUGAUUUGUUUUGAAUUCAAAUGAUUUGUGGGUUUGUUGAGUCAAUUAGACCAUGUCCAUUUCAUGCAAAAAAAAAUAUUUAGGCAUGUUAGCUGGCUAACUCAUUGAUCCUGCUUUGUGGUAUACCCCUGUGGAGGUUGACGUUUGUAUGGUUGAUUCAUCUGGUAUUUUUCUACAUGUAAAGGCUCUACCAGCUCACAACCAUGAAUUAAAUCCUUAUGGUGUUUUUCCUAAGCCACAUCAGAUGCAUUGAUAACAAGCUACCAUGUGGAGAGUCAUUUGUCUUGCACCUUGCUGUUGACAAAAUGUCAGUCCUUGAAUACACAAUGCUCUACAUUAGGUUUAUAGUGGACUCUCUCCACGGUCACUCUGAUUGGCAAAGUGAAUCUACGGAGGUCUAAUAGCCUGACCUUAUGUGAACUUUUGUGUUGGGUUUAACAACCACUAUUCUGUUCCUCUCUCUGCACUCCACCAUUGUACUUGAUUCAAUGGUAUUGGCAACAGGAAAUACCACCGUAUCUGAUCUGCAUUCUAUUUCAGGUUUCAGCCACGUUACCAUGUGGUCCUAAAAAGUCAAGUAAGGAAUCACUGUCGGUACAAAAGACAUCUAUCCAACGAAUCCUAACAAAGUACACAGUACCUACACAAAACUUGAAAUCUAAAUAGCCUAUUCCUGGGUUUAAGUUAUAUCUUACACCCACAAUCUAUUAUGAUUUAGCCUUUUCAGGUAAUCCUGAGUACUAUCCACAGAGGUAUGGGUUUAAAUAAUACUGAGUUUCAGUUAUGAUACUCUAACUGAAGCCUGCAUGGAGUUAUUGUAUGACCCCAAAUGGCACCCAAUUACCUACAGUUUCCUACUUUUAACCAGAAUCCUAUAGGGCCCUGGUAAAACAUAGUUCACUGCGUUGGGAUUAGGGUGCCAUUUUGGAAAGAAUAAAAAAAAAAACGUAAUUGUCUUUGGCAUCACCUCACAUCUGCUGCCAUGUUGUGUUGCUACCAUGUUGUUGUCAUGUGGUGUUACUACCAUGCUGUGUUGUCAUGUGUUGCUGCCAUGCUGUGUUGUUGUCUUAGGUCUCUCUUUGUGUAGUGUUGUCUCUCUUGUCUUGAUGUGUGUUUUUGUCCUAUUUGACCUCAUUUUUAUAUCCCCGUCCCCAUGGGAGGCCUUCAUUGUAAAUAAGAAUUUGUUUUUAGCUGAGUUAAAUAAAGGUUCAAUAAAAAAUAGAAAUAAAGAAACAUUAAAAGUAUCACAUACAUUCUCACAUCAGACACAUUUAAACCAGUCGGUCCAUCAUACUGCAUACACUAACAUAGAGGAUUUUGAUACAUUCACUCACAACUGACCGCUGCCCCAACUGCACUGGAUAGAUAGGUACAUAUACCAAUAUAAUUUACAUUGCAUUUAGUAGCUCAGUGGAGACUCCUUCGAGGAGGAAGGGGAGGACCAUCCUCCUCAGUGAACUUCUUAACUUUAAUGUUUCACAAUUGUAUUUUUAUCCUUUUUAAAUAAAACUAUAUUAAAUAUAUUCACAUGACACCAAAUAAUAGCUUCUGUCGUCCUCUGCGUACAUUGACUUCAAUAUACAACUUAGGAGGCUUUUGGUUCUCACAUCCUUCUAUAGACUUACACAGUAAUUACGACAACUUCCAGAGGACGUCCUCCAACCAGAGCUCUUGUUGUCCACCCUACAGCUAGUUAGCACUGCAGUGCAUAAAAUGUGGUGAGUAGUCGACUCAAAGAGUGAAAGACGAUAGUUGAACAGUUUUGAACAAAUUAAUUUCUUCAAAAAUGGAGGAGAGGAGAGAGAGGUUUCGUUGUAUUUUUUUUCACUUACUUAGCUAGCGUAUGCAGGUAGCUAGUUUAGCCUACUGAAACAGAGAGGGAUAGUAUGUUAGCUAGAUGGCUAUGGCUAUCCAACAAUGGAACUCUUCCUAGUCAAGUUAAGCUUUUGGUUUUAUUAAUGUAUUACCACAGGGGUCAGCCGGUGUGACUGCUUGCUGCUGACUGUACACUGUACUACAUGAUUGUAGCGGGUUUACUAACGCCUUAGUUCCAGUAGCUAUGUUGACGUUAAUAUGUUGACAAUGAUAGCAGUUAGCGGUCAUGAUAUGAAGGUUAAAGCUUAAAGUUGUUUUUUUUGCCUGGUCACAGACAGCUGAUGUGUUGUGCACUGAAGUCCACAAGCGAAGGGAAAAGGUGAGUGGAGGAGAGUGUGUAGAUGCAAGAAGUCAUUAUACAACGAUCAAAGGUAUCAUGCUGUUUGUAUGUGGCUGCUAUGAAAGUGAAGUGUGUUUGUGGUCAGUGGUGUAUUCAUUCCGAAAAAAUGUUUCUUAAUCGAAAUGAGGAUAGACAUAUCUGAAUUUGUCCAAUAGAAACCCUCGCUAGAUGCAGGCAGGAGUGUGCAAAGUGGUAUUGAAUGUGUAGGAGUGUGCAAAGCAGUAUUGAAUGUGUCUGUCACCUUUUACUAUUACUAAUGUUUCUCGACCUGUGAACCUACAUUUUCAACUGUCAUUCAUAGUCUAGGUUGUAACAACGUUAUGAUGAGUACAGGGAACAUUUCAGUAUCAUGCAGUAGCCUAAACCUAUCGCUAUUACAUUGAACUGGGUGAAUGGAAUAUGAAUGACAGUCAUCCAAUAUGCUGUAGUAGAAGUAAGGCCAUGCUCCUAAAAAAAACGGCACCGCCCUCCAUUGAAUCAGCAUCACACUUUCCAGGUCUAACAGUAUACACUGUGUCUGACGCAAGUCUAGAAACCUGUGUGUUUGGCUGUGCAGUAAUGGCCAUCCCCUACAGCAGUUUCCCCAAUCAGCUUUAUUAUCAUCCUUUUCCUUUUCCUCCUCGCCAGCUUCCCAGAUUUGGGGCUUGAUGACACGAGAUCCUCCAUGACUGACACAGGAUGUUCUCUCAUGGUGCUGCUGUUGUACAGAAUGGCUGAACCUGAGGGUAUUUCCACAGAGAUUCUGGAGGUUUUCUAUGUUUUUUGAUACAUUCACUGUUUUUCAGACCAAACAGAGCCCAUGUCUUAACCUGUGGCUGACACCUCUUCUUCCUCCUCCUCUACCUCCACCAGCUCUUCCUUCCUUCCCUCCUCAUCCUUCUCCUCCCUUCCACAUCAUUCUCCACCUCUUCUUCCUUCACAGCCUCCUCUUCCUCGUCCUGUUGGUGUCUGGUGCUGUCCACAUGCUUGUCUGUGUUAUUUGGUUACGGUGGACUGGGAGGGGGUUCUACUAGUGUGUGCUCUCUCUCGUUACAAAUCCUGUGGCCGUGUGCUGGUUGGAUGGCAGUUGGCUACGCAAGUACCCAUUCACCCCACUACCACACACAGCCCAUAUAUCCAUACUGCCUCCAGAUGUGUCCCAGUCCUUCUGUCCAUAAACAGAGACCAGAGAGGUCAGACACCAUAGAGGUCAGACACAGUGCCGCUGCUGAGGCCCUGGCCCCACGCACGUCACCUCACCCCACGCUGUUAGGGAAAACAAACGCUCCCACAAUGACCUGCCUGUUCUCUCAGACUCUCCUGUCGGUCUGUCUGUCUGUGUUUUGUCUGUGUUUGUGUUUGCUCCAGGCCCACAGGACACACCCUUUUAAAAAAAGUGUCUGUGUGUGUGUGUGUUUGCCCCAGACCCACCACACUACAGAACGUUAAGACCGGAAGCCUGUCACUAUCCUGAAGCAUCAUUCUGUCAGAGUCAAUCUUCUAAUUCUUCCAAGAAGAGGUUUUCUACCUGGAGGGUUGUGGAACUUGGUUUCCUUUGUUGUUGUUAUUACGUCUGUUGUAUGUUAGAUGUAUUAUCAUACAAAGCCAGUUGAUUAUGUCGUGGAGGAUAAUCUCUCAUUCAUUCAUUCAUUCAUUCAUAAUGGAUGAGCCCAGUGUUGUCUUGUAUAUUAUAAAUAUAGCCUCUAUACUUAGCCUCUGUUGUGUGCAGAGGGGAGAGGUGCGUGUCCGACUCUGGCGGUGCAUCUUUGAGCUUCAUCGCGCUACAUCCAUCUCUCUGCCACGAGGCCUGAUGAGACACUGCAGAACUAACAAAGACAUCCGGACCGUGACAGACACACUGCGGUAGAGAUGGACGGACGGCGGAGAGACAGACAGUGAUGCGUCUGGGAAGAAACUCAAAGACAAUGCAGUCAGUCAUUGUGGGACAGACCAGUAGGCAACAUCUAAGUCAUGCUCCGUCAGUCUGACCAAUGACAACUCUUUCAUCUUCAUUAUUCAUUGUUUUUACGUGAGGAAGGGUUGUCAACCAACUUGAGAAAAGGUGCAACCAAAAAAUAAAUGAGCUUAAGAAAGGAAAAUGCACAACUCGCAAUUCAAAACUUGACGUUUUUAAUUGUGACGGUUUCGGCCGUCCUUGGCCUACAUCUGUGGGAGGCAUGACUGGACUGUGUUGUGAUGAGCGUCUUCAGUUCAGAGCAGAAGACACGCCGUGGUCCUCAGAGCAGAAGACACGCCGUGGUCCUCAGAGCAGAAGACACGCCGUGGUCCUCAGAGCAGAAGACACGCCGUGGUCCUCAGAGCAGAAGCUAAAUGAAGGAAAAGCAUCUGGUGAUGCAGCCUAAUGAGAAGCAGGUGUAUGAGAGAUGACACACACACACACAGACAAACGUGUACACACACACACACACACACACACACACACACACACACACACACACACACUUCAAUGAAGGGCCUUGAGGAAAGAAGUGCAUGUAAACACACUCAUCUCACACAGUGAGUCCCCUGAGGGACACUAGCUAUAUUCAUAUUAAUACAAAUCACAUAAGCCAAUCUUAAACAUGUUGUAAACUCGAAGUAUGGUCUUAAAUGUCAAAUUUGGUAUUGUUUUAUUGAUAUGCUGCAUGUUAAUGGGAAGUGCUAGUUCAGGCUGACCUGCUAAUGUUGGCCAGCGCCCACUGCCACACAGGCUUUUACUGGGAGCACAUUCAAUGAUUGCAAACGUGUCGUUUGAGUGUUUCUGUGGUGUUUGCGGUUAAAGUUGAAGAAAAAUGCAAAAUUCCUUCACAAGAUGGACAAUAAAGUUUGAAAACACAGAUAUGCUAAAAUAGUGUACUCCCAAUGCCCUGCUCAUAUAAAGUCAAGAUCUCCCACAAUACAGUUUGAUGGGAAAGCCCUGUCCUGGCUGCUAAGACAAUUACUAUAACAAUACACAGUACAUAUAGCUAAGUUCCAAAAAAACACAUGAGUAUUUAUUUGAUUUAGCAUCAACUGGGUGAGACCAAGGACCCAAGGCACAGAUAACAUCCACUGAUGUCAUUUCAACUAUGUGAAAAUGUGUGAAUCUGAGAGAGUUCGCCUAGUACUAGCGAGGUACUACGUGUGUGUCAGUCAAGCAAUGAGGAACAAUUGGGAUUGGCAUUUCGGUUAACUUCCUGAUUAACUUCAUAAAAAUGGAAGUGAAACUCCAACCAUGGUAUUUGUAAGAGGGAGAGUGAGGACAUUGUUUGUAUUAUAGGAGUGCACAAAUAACCCAAUAUUAAAACCUAUAUGGCUGCAGACAGAAACAUAUGCUAGCAAAACCGCUGGGAUCCAAAUGUGGUUAUAUACAUCCUAAAGGUAUCUAACAAGAAGAGAGAUGAGGAGAAAGGGCCUUUUUAACAUGAGACUGGUAUGACCAUAAUGCACCAGGUGUUUCUAGAUAAGACGGUGUGUGUAUAUGAGAGAGAGGUGGUGUGUGUGGGAGUUAGAUAAUGGCGGCACGGGUAUGCUGUGUGCAGCCAGCCAGUCAGUCAGUCAUGGGAUGAACGAGUGAGACUUGUGUACCCACAGCUGCUUACUGGCUGGAGCCAGAGGGGGAGGAGUGUCUCUGCCCUGCCUGCUGCAGGGAGAGAGAGGUAGUUAGAGAGAGCAGAGCGUGAGAGAAACAAGACUGAAUCCGCUCCACAGAAGAGGGAGAGAAGGAGCAGAGAGAGAGGUAGUUAGAGAGAGCAGACCGUGAGAGAAACAAGACUGAAUCUGCUCCACAGAAGAGGGAGAGAGCAAGGGAAAGGGACAGAGAGAGAGGUUGGGGUCGCUGCAUCGGUAUGCCUGCUCCUCCUGCUCUCUCAUUUCCACUCCACACGCUGCUGCCUUUCUGAGUAGACCCAGACUCUGUUUGAAAUGCCAAUCACCUCCUUGAGGCUGCGCCUUCAUCUUCAUUCAUUUACAUUUAUUCUCACCUUUCCCUGCGUGAGGGAGACCGGGACUGCCUAAGACAUUCGUGGAGGAUCAUUUCUGCUGAAGUUGCUGGGAAGAAAUUCUGCUCUUUAGACACGAUCCGCCUGAUCUUUCUGUGUUUGGAGAGGACACAAAGUCUCUGGAAACAUCGAACUCUAUAUCACCUGGAAUAUUUGAGAAUUUGUGACUGCAUUUUUUAGAGACAUACAGGAAUUCCUGUAAGCCAAGACGAUCAAACUUGUUGACAGUUUUCUAUAUUUUUUGUUGUCUAUGUCUUUUCUAAGGAGAGAACCAGAGGAGUCGAAGGAUAGGCUGCCAUAGUAUUUGUCCUCCAUCUGUGUGUGUCUGUAUGAUUGAACCGUCUGUGUCUGCACAGUGAGGGAUGCCCUGGGGGACUCCCAGAUCCUGGUCGUGGACGAGGGCUAGUCUUCACGUUGCUGCUGAUAUGGCAGAGGGUACACGGCUCCUCUCUCUCGGACACCAGCCUGAUCUGCUGCUGAGCUAGGACCAGGACUACCAGCCCCAGCCAAGCCCCCUGUCUCUGCGUCUAGGAUCAGACCAGACAAGGAUCUUUCUGGAGCCUCCUGCCCUCUGCCGGUUGAUCUGGUUUCAGACCAGGAGCUUUCAGAAGGCUCUCUGGCUGCAAGAUGAUGAACUCUUCCCUGGACCUGCUGGAGCUUGAGCUCCUCAACCUGAGCGGCCCUCCUUUCUGCCUCCUGGACGUGGGCUACAGCCAGAUCUUAAACACCUGUCUACUGGAGGUAGCCAUCAUCCUGCUGCUUACCGUCCUCAUCAUCUCUGGCAACCUGGUGGUGAUCUUUGUGUUCCACUGUGCUCCUCUUCUCCAGCACCACACAACCAGUGCCUUCAUCCAGACCAUGGCCUAUGCAGACCUGUUGGUGGGUGUCAGCUGCCUCAUCCCCUCCCUGUCCCUCCUCCACCACCUGAAAGGCCUGGACGAGGAGCUGACCUGUAAGGUGUUUGGUUACAUGGUUUCUGUGUUGAAGAGCGUUUCCAUGGCGUCGCUGGCGUGUGUUAGUGUGGACCGCUACAUGGCGAUAACACGGCCUCUGUCGUACGCUACCUUGGCGACGCCGUGCCGGAUCCGCGCGUGCAUCCUCCUCAUCUGGGUCUACUCCGCCCUUGUCUUCUUGCCCUCCUUCUUCGGCUGGGGGAAGCCCGGCUACCACGGCGACGUGGUGGAGUGGUGCGCGGUGGAGUGGGAGACAAGGCCGCUCUUCACAUCGUUCAUUGUGGUGCUGCUCUACGCGCCAGCCGCCAUGACGGUCUGCUUCACUUAUGUCAACAUCUUCCGGAUCUGCCGGCAGCAUACGAGGGAGAUCAGCGAGCGCCGCGCCCGCUUCGGCCCACAGGAAGGCUCUCUGGGACAGGAUGGCCAGCCGCAGCAUGCGCCGGCGUGCACGGACAAACGCUACGCCAUGGUGCUGUUCCGCAUCACCAGCGUCUUCUACCUCCUCUGGCUUCCCUAUAUUCUGUAUUUCCUGCUGGAGAGCGCUGACAUCUACAGUCACCCUGCCGCCUCGUUCAUCACCACCUGGCUGGCUAUCAGCAACAGCUUCUUUAACUGUCUGAUCUAUAGUCUGUCCAACAGUGCCUUCAGGAAGGGUUUAAAACGCCUCUGUUUGUUCUGUGUGCAGCGCGUGGACAGUAAGAAGUCCUUCAGCCCCUCACCAGGGUACGGACAGGGGCCCAUCUGCACACGCUCCACAUGCCAUGUCUAGGAUCUCCCAGAGAGCCUUGUGGCGGUUGAGUAUCGUGUUGUUAUAGCACUAAGCAUGUCCCAUACUGAUGCUGAGCUAAAGGGAACAGGCUUCACAGGGAGUUGUGUCGCUGCAGAUGCUGCUGUUUCUCGACAGUUGAAGGUUUGUUGGACGGUUGCGUCCCUGGCCACUGCUGCCACUGACGGGAUCGUCUCCAGGGCCUGAGAGCUGUGAGACCCGCUUGGGAAGUACAGCCAAGGCUCAGCCCCAGCCAUGAGAGAGGUGGGAGAGGUGGGAUGUGGAGUUACCCUAACCUUUGACCCCUGAUAUAGAUGACGGCGUUAUGGCUACGUUGUUUCAGCGGGUGAGAGUUGAGGUGACUGAAGACCUCCCUUCUGACAGUACUUGCCAAAAACACAAACUGUAAGAAGAACACACAUUGUUUUAGGGGAGGGUUUUUUGCUGGGACUCUGUAUCUUCCUAGCAGUUUGUGAAACUAUUUGUAUUUGUGCUACAAUGUAUAGAAUGCAAAAAAGGACUUGCGUUACUUAAAGGUCCAAUGCAGUCAAAAUGAAGUUUUUCCUGUUCCAUUUCCAUUUUAGUAAUUUUGCAGGCGCACUUAUCUAGAGCAAAUUAGAAUUAGCGGAUUCAUCUUAAGACAGCUAGGUGAGACAACAACACAUCACAGUCGUAUCAAGUACAUAUUUCCCUCAACAAAGUAUCUAUCAGCAAAGUCAGUGCCAGUAAAACACUGUGAGAGUUAUUUAAGAUGCUUUUCAAAGAGGUAGGGUUUCAGACGUUUCAGAAAGAUGGGCUGUCCUGACUUCAGGGGGAAGCUUGUUCCACCAUUGGGGUGCCAGGACAGAGAAGAGCUUUGACUGAGUUGAGUGGGAACGUCCCUCCCGUAGGGGUGGGAGAGCCAAGAGACCAGAGGUGGCAGAAUGGAGUGCUCAGGUUGGGAUGUAGGGAUGGAACAUAGCCUGACGUUAGGGAGGGGCAAUUCCCCUUGCUCCUUCGUAGGCAAGCACCAGGAUGCCAGUAGAGUGAGCGGAAGAGCGGGGUUACAAGGAGAACCUAGCAGGGUUGAGCCCCAGGCAGCCUGCGGCAUUUAUAAUCUACUACUAAUACAGUAAGGUACUUAAUUGUUACCCAGAAAUGAUUUGAUGUUAAUAUAAAAAUAGCUGCAUUGGGCCUUUAAAAAAACGGAGAAACACUUGAUUGCUGUUUUCUUAUGCCUAGCUGAGUGGAGCUGUCAAUAACAACUUAUUUAAAUGUUUGCCCUUGUGGUUUUUACAGAAACAGAUUAUCUACAACAUUGUGCGCUGAGUGGUGCAACAACCUCAAACUCUGAAGAGAAUCUUGUAGGUCUACAUCAUUUAUUUACAUCUGGGUUGUUCUGAGGCAGAGAAAGAGAGGACUUUGUUUAGGUGCUCAAACACCAGGAUUAUUAGUAAAGCCUGACCGAUAAUAUUGGCUAUUCCACCGAUAAACGAUGUUCAAUGAAUAGGAUGAAAAAAAAGAUUCUCAUGCUUUCCUGAAUGAUUGAAGUGUUAUUCAUUUCGCAGUGUAAGAAAUCAACAUUUGAAGUGUAUUUCUUGGACGGCAAUUUAUGUGGAUAAGAGUAUAUUGGCAGAUAUAUCAGUACGUUUUGUCACCCCAAAAAUCUGAAUCGUAUCGGAUCCCCCAAAAAACAUUGGUCGGGCUUUAAUUAGUAGUCUCAGUUGAACUAGUAACUACUGAGGGAUCAGCGUAAUCAUUGACUGGAUGACUCUUGUUUAGACAAACUUCCUCAUCAUCAGAGCCUGUCUGGCUCUGUAACCAAACUACAUUGCACUUCACUUAUGAGGAGAAUGUGGUCGUUGUGUCAAAGCAGAAGGUUAUAGAGAAGUGAUUAAGCUCCAGAAUAGUUGAUCAUCUCCAAAGAUUUGCCCCACAUAUGUGAUCUGUUCUAGUCUAGGAGUGUCUGCUGCUAUACCGAUGGGGCUCUUACGUUGUGGAGCACAGGGAGGGUUGGGAAUCAUUAAAUCAACCUCACAUCUGUCUUAACGUUAAUGAAAGUGAAUGUUGAUGGUGAGUACUGAGAAUGCUGUGAGCUGCUGUUAGCUGAGGGACAUUCUGCCUCUGGCUGGGUGUGGUAAACGUCUUGUCCGUCUGUCUGCCCCCCUACCUUUCUCCUCCUGCUCAUUACAUCACAGAAAGCCAGGGGGAUAAAGAGAGGGAGAAAGAGCAGAAUAGCAGCUGUGGAGUGAGAGAGAGCCCUAAGAUAAACAUUAUGGCCACAGUAAUACUGUGCCCCACACACACACACACACACACACACACACACACACAAGGUAAUGUGGGACGUUAACCAGUACCACUGUAUGUCCAGACCCAGAUGCUUCAAGACAUUUCACUUUUCCAGCCGGGGCCACAACACUACAGUAUAAAACAGGCUGGUUCAGACCAGGCUGUUCCAAAUGGAACCCUAUGUAGUGCUCAAACAGGCUGGUUCAGACCAGGCGGUUCCAAAUGGAACCCUAUGUAGUGCUCAAACAGGCUGGUUCAGACCAGGCGGUUCCAAAUGGAACCCUAUGUAGUGCUCAAGUGUUUUUAAACUAAUGUUACUGGAUAUUUAUUAGACUUUUUCACAAGUUUUGGCUUCUUGUCACUUUUCUCUCUUUAGUACUCUGACAUUUGGGAGCAAAUAUACAACGGACACAGGGGCUUUAUUUUCCUAGUGGACCAAAGUUGAAUAUUUAUUGGAUUUUGUAUAUUUGAAGAAGAAAGAGACUGAAUAAGAGAUGGCAAGAAAAAGAAAGUGUGAUUCAGGUUGAUUACUUUCUUUUAUGGAUGUUUUCAUGUUAGGAAUUUUGCAGUGAUGAAGGUGUGGCCAGACAUUGAGGCUGCCUCUGCAAUGAAUCCAGUGUUCUGGGUACAGGCUCCAUCGAGGGGUUUUCAGAGUUGCCUGUACAGCAGUCCUAUCUGAAUUGAUUUAGUCUUUGAGCAGUUACGGUGUGAUUAUUAAAAUGUAUUUAUUUAAAAAUAUUUCAAAGCUGUACGUAGUCUUUUAUGCAUGUUUUACUUACUGUAUAUAUUUGAUUGAAUUGUCACUUUUCGUAUUCAAAUCACAAACUGUUGUCAAACUGUCUAAAGUGUAAAUGCUUUUGGAGACGUACGUCUUCACGGCAAUGCUGUCAAAGGGCACAGUGCAAUACAUUCCGUCUUCCUCCA